AGGAUUUUCUUCCCUACGUAUAUAUAUUGAUCGAAAACAUCAAUUUCUGGGCGCUUUGAGGAUGCCAGAGUCAUCCAAGAACGAAGGACAAGUGAAACGCGAUCAAAUUAUAAUCGCCACGCCAGAGCCCAAGGCCAUCCCCCCCUCGACGCCUCCCCUCCCUGGGCCCUUCCCUUCCAUUCCCCCACCUCAUCCUCCCACGUCACACCGCACCGUCCCUCCCGCCCCGGGCCCCGUGCCCCAUUCGAAGCCUCCUUCCUCCUCC